AUGUCUUCCCUAACUCCAUUUCAAGACCUCAAUCUCAUUCCCACCGCUUCCUUUUCCUUUGGCGCCAGUAGUAGUAGCCACAUAGCUCCAACCCUCACUGUACCCAAAUUGGAACCUAAGAUCGAGCCUUAUGAUGAAUCACUUCCUCCUCAAACCCACCAUUUUCUUCAGGAAUCCGGGUCCGUCGUCACGCUGGUGCCGGUGCAUUUUCCGGAGGAAAAUCGCUUGCCAACUGCUUUCCCCAAGUGGCAGCGGCAGAAGUUGGAGAGAAGGUCUUCGGAACUAGUUCGGAUCACAACUUCAGGAAUUGAGGAUGAGAGAUACCAUCGUGAUAGGGUGAGGAAGACCAGAAUGUUGUAUAGCUCUUUGCGGAAUUUGACAAGUUCAGAUGUAGAUAACCGGAAGCGUAAUCGUAGUACUAUAGAUGCUGGGUCUUUCAUGAGGGAUAGUGGGUUAUGGCUGAAUCGUGACAAAAGAGUUGUGGGCUCCAUUCCCGGUGUUGAGGUCGGUGACAUCUUCUUCUACAGGAUGGAACUAUGUGUCCUGGGAUUGCAUGGCCAGACCCAGGCGGGACUGGAUUAUCUCCCGGCGAGCCUCAGUCCAAAUGGUGAACCAGUUACAACAAGUAUCAUCUUCUGGGGAGGCUACGAAGGUGAUGAAGAUUCGGGUGACGUCAUCAUCUACACAGGCCUAGGUGGGAAAGGCGGUCGCCGUAAGCAACCUGCAGGUAACCAGGAACUUAAAGGUGGAAUGCUUGGUCUCUGUAAAAGUAUGCAAUACGGAAUUGAAAUCAGGGUGAUUCGGGGAUUUAAGAAUGAGAGAAGUCCAAACGGUAAGAUAUUUAUAUACGACGGUUUGUACGAGAUCGAAAAGGAAUGGCGGGGCGAGAGUAGAUCAGAUCCGUACGUGUUGAAGUACAAGCUCGUUAGAAAAAAAGGUCAACCUGAAAUGGGUAGUACUUCUAUAAGGGAUCCUUUGUCUGCGAGACCAGCUCUUAGAUAUCAAAAUUAUCAAGAUAUUUCUGGUCUGAAGGAGAAAAGGCCAGUUCCUCUAUUUAACGAAAUAGACGGUGAUACAGGACCAGCUUUUUAUCACUACAUCGCCCGAGCUUUAUUUUCUCAUGAUGUUUAUCAUAGUGCUGGAGCGGCCGGUACUACUGGCUGUGGUUGUGUUGAUGGCUGUAGGGAUAAUUGUGCCUGUGCUAUGAAAAAUGGAGGUGAUUUUCCAUACAAUCAUGAGCAACUUCUGGUGAAAGGAAAGCCUUUAAUAUUUGAAUGCGGUCCUAGUUGUCCCUGUCCUCCAGAUUGCAAAAAUCGCUUAUCUCAAAGAGGGUUGAGAUACAAAUUUGAAAUUUUCAGGUCUAAGGAAACGGGCUGGGGUGUUAGGUCACCGGAUCCGAUUCAAGCCGGGUCUUUCAUAUGCGAAUAUGCUGGAAUCGCUCUCACAAGGGAGCAAGCCCAGAUAUUAUCAAUGAAUGGAGGACAAAAUCUGAUACAUCCAGAUCGGUUCCCCAAGAGAUGGAUGGAAUGGGGCAAUUUGUCGAGUAUUAUACCUGAUUAUGUCCACCCAAAACAUCCAUCUACACUGCCAUUGAACUUUGUUCUUGAUGUUUCAAGAUCAAGAAAUCUGGCUUCCUAUAUCAGGCGUAGUCCGAUUCCCAAUCUAAUGGCACAGUUUGUGCUAUAUGACCACAACAACUCAAAAUAUCCACGCCUUAUGUUGUUUGCAUUGGAGAACAUCCCUCCACUGAGAGAGCUAAGUCUUGAUUAUGGUGCGGCUCAGACACCAACAGCGACCCGGACCUCUUAUGGUUAG